AUCCAAAUGAUGCCACGUGUAGAUUAGACAGAGCAGAGCACGAGGCGGGUUUGGUGCCACUCGCGUUACCCAACUCGGCCUCGGCCUCGGCCACGGCCAGCACUCAAAAAAGUCGCAGCCCAAAAUGGUCGGUUGCCAUUUAUAACCACCAAUCUCCUUCCUUUCCCUCCCUCACCAAACUACUGCGAAAACCUUCAAAGCAACCAAAUCUAAUCUCCCAAAGCAAAACCCAAGUUCCCAAAACCCAAAAGGCAGUGCACGGCAGCUGCGUCUCCUAGCCUAUGGUGUCUCUGAACCCAAACCCACCUAACCCCAACUUCUUCUUCGACCCCAUGAACAUGGCUCUUCCGGGUCUCGGCUCUCUGCCACCCGCCACCACACCUCCAGCAUCAUCGGCGACGGCAGCAGCAACAACUGCUAAUACUGCUGCUACUUUGGGAUCGGAUGAUCCGAGUAAGAAGAUCCGAAAGCCCUAUACCAUCACCAAGUCCCGGGAAAGUUGGACUGACCAAGAGCACGAGAAGUUCCUCGAAGCCCUCCAGCUUUUUGAUCGCGAUUGGAAGAAGAUUGAAGCAUUUGUUGGGUCAAAAACAGUCAUACAGAUACGAAGCCAUGCACAGAAAUACUUUUUGAAGGUACAGAAGAAUGGGACAAGUGAACAUGUACCUCCUCCUCGCCCAAAGAGGAAAGCAGCUCAUCCGUAUCCACACAAAGCUUCUAAAACUGCUCCUGUGGUGUCCCAAGCAAUGGAACUGUUGCAAUCUUCAUCUUCCCUGCAUGACCCUGGAUAUGUUCUCAGGCCAGAUUCAUCAUCAAUACUUAGAAAUCCGAGUACAAGUGCAUCAUUGUCUUCCUGGACUUGUAAUAAUGUGCCGCCUGUUGGAAUGAAGCAUGUGGCUAAAGAUGAUAAGGGAUUGGUUCAGUCAGUCAUGGCACAUAAUUAUGGGUGCAGUAGCAGCCAUGAGAACCCCCAAAGGACUUGGCCGGCAAGUGAAAUAAAUGACCAAGGGAUUCACAGUAAGACAAUGAGAGUUAUGCCAGACUUUGCUCAGGUGUACAGCUUCAUUGGCAGUGUCUUCGAUCCUGAUGCAAGUGAUCACUUGCAAAGAUUAAAGGAGAUGGAUCCAAUAAAUGUGGAAACAGUCUUGUUGUUGAUGAAAAACCUCUCCAUCAAUUUGACUAGUCCUGAAUUUGAGGAUCAAAGAAGGUUGCUUUCAUCAUAUGACCCAGACUCUCAAAUGGCUAAAUCUGGAGGCCUUCACAACACCAUUUGUGCUGAUAAACUAGAUAAUGCUAUUCCAUCUGCAUUGAAAGCUGGAAGGGUGUGAAAAGAAAAAAAUCUGAGAGCUCCGCCUGCCUGUAAUUGCUGUUGGUCUUGUGAUACUGGACUCCUUUGUAUAUGUAUUUAAGGACAAGUUAGCCGGAAUUUGAUGGUGAACCAAUGUCAGUUUUGUGUGUGCAUGUGCGCUCUCGCGCACGUAAUAUUUAGAGAUAAUGUGCAUUGUGAGUAGUCUUUUAAGGUGCAUGUGGGCCUACCUUGUAUAGAGUUUUUGUUAGCUUUUAAGUUUUGACUCUGUAAAUGUCCUAAGAUGUGUUAUCCCAUUGAUUUUACAUGCCAAUAUAAGUUUUGGGGCCUUUUGCAA